AUGUGGGAAGACAACAUCAAAUUCGAUCUCCACAUUCAAACUUCCCUCCUUGUCCAAACACAAAUUCAGCAUAUCCCCAACCGUUCCUUAAAUUGUACCAAUCCUCAACUGCCAAACAAAAGAAAGAAGCUUUGCAGAGUUGUCGAAGAUAAAGUUAAACCCAUUAUUGCACCUGAGUAGAGGAAGAGAGAAAAGCAGAAUCUAGCUACCCAAUCAAUCGUAUGUGAGCGAAGAAGAGAAGAGCAGAGAAAUGAGUGAACCCUAAUUUUUUUUUUUGGGCCGAUUAUUGUCUGGGUUGGGUUUUAAGCCUUAAAUAGUUGUACAGUCCACAUUAAAGCCUGUACAGUCCACUCUCGACCAGACCAAAAUUAGACUAAUACAGUAAAUGUUUAUUAUGCGGUGCACAGUUAAUGCAUACCAAAAUAUUGAAUGUGGUCCGAUUUUUCAGUCCACUUCAAAAAUAAAUCAUAAGUACCAAACUACUGGUC